CUCGGCCCCUCUGGAAACGCGGGGCUUGGUUUCCAUACGGGGCUGCUCGAGCGCCUUGAAGCGAAAGGACAGUUGGGGAACAGGAAGUGGCUGACCCUGGAAGAGGAAGCCGCUGAGCCCGUGGAGAAAGGCGCGAGGUCGCCUCUUUAAAGAUGGCGGCGAGCCCCGCGAGGAAGCGUCCCCAUGCGGAGGGAGGCUCUGCGGACGGCGAGGGGUUUGAUCCCCGCCGGGCCGGGAAGAGGCGGCUGGUGGUGAUCCUGGAGGGGGCGUCUCUGGAGAGCGUCAAGGUUGGGAAAACAUAUGAAUUGCUUAAUUGUGACAAGCAUAAAUCCUUGCUUCUGAGGAAUGGCAGAGACCCUGGAGGAGUUCGACCAGACAUCACCCAUCAGAGCCUCUUGAUGCUCAUGGAUAGUCCUUUGAAUCGAGCUGGCCUUCUCCAAGUAUAUAUCCAUACAGAAAAAAACGUUCUUAUUGAAGUCAAUCCACAGACAAGAAUUCCUCGCACCUUUGAUCGUUUUUGUGGUCUUAUGGUUCAGCUGCUGCAUAAGUUUAGUGUCAGAGCUGCUGAUGGCCCUCAAAAGCUAUUAAAGGUGAUAAAGAACCCAGUGACAGAUCACCUCCCUGUGGGCUGCACAAAAAUUGGCACCUCUUUCUCAGCCCCCAAGGUGACAGACAUGCGUGACCUAGUCCCUACUUCAGAGCCUAUAGCCAUAAUCGUGGGAGCAUUUGCUCAUGGAUCGCUUAAUGUUGACUACACAGAAAAGACCAUCUCUAUCAGCAACUAUCCACUCUCUGCUGCUUUGACGUGUGCUAAAAUCACCACAGCCUUUGAAGAAAUGUGGGGAGUGGUAUAAGCUUCCUGUUUUGCUUAUAGAUUCGUAACCUAUGAUGUUUUGGUCUAACAGGCUCUGUGUUGUAAAUGUUCUGUACUGUACCCUUAUUUAUGGGAAAUACAUCCUUAAUUACUUUU